CCCUCUGCCGAAAUCACACCCGAAACAUUCAAGAAGGAGACUCGCAACCUCGACGUCCAGGGCUCCUCGCUACUCCUCGAAGUUCAAUUCCUCUCUAAUGAUCCAGCUCAGCGUCCAAGUAUUCAAGCUGGCUUGGAUCCUAAACGAGCAUACAUGCCACCACCCAACCAAGGCGACAUCAUGCCCGCUCGAGCUCUUUGUAAAGUUGUCUGUCCAGGACCGACGGCAACGCGUUUCAAAGCCGGUGAUCGCGUCGUUGCGCCAGCUGGUUGGACACAUUACGCUGUUGUGGAUGAAUCUGCCUGUCAACCAGCAACCAUCCUUCCAGGCCUCUCUGAAACUGCUUGUCUUGGUCUAUUGGGUGGCACUGGCUUAACUGCCUACUACGGUCUUUUGAAAGUCGGUGAAGCAGAGACCAAGAAACCUCAAUGUAUUGUCGUUUCAGGCUCAGCCGGGGCUACCGGAAGUGUUGUUGUGCAAAUCGCAAAGCAUGUAUUGCAAACGCCAAAAGUCAUUGGUUUGGCUGGCGGUCCUGACAAGUGUGCUGCUGUCAAGGCAUUGGGUGCUGAUAUCUGUAUUGACUACAAAUCAGCUGAUUGGAAGCAACAGCUUGCUGAAGCAACCGAUGCAGCGUGUGAGUUGUAUUUCGACAAUGUCGGUGGUGAGACAUUGGAUUGCAUGUUGCCACUCAUGAAACGACACGGGACAAUCGUUGCUUGCGGAGCUAUCUCGAGUUAUGAGUCCAUGGGUAACGGCGUUGUUCUCAAGAAUUACUUCGAAAUUAUUAGCAAUAGGCUGCGCAUUCAGGGCUUCAUCGUCAUUGACGCUCUCAAAGAUGCCGCAAGCAUUAUUGGCGAACUGGCUACAUGGAUCAAAGAGGGGAAGAUCAAGGCAGGAGAGGGUUCAGAGACGGUGGUUGAAGCAACUUUGGAUGAAAUUCCACAGGUCUGGCAAAAGCUCUUUACAGGCGGCAACAAGGGCAAACUCGUCACC